CACAGGAACUCAGAGUUGUAUUUUUAACAGACUAUUAUAAUGGUAAGCUCUAACUGUUCCACUGAGGACUCCUUUAAAUAUACUUUAUAUGGAUGUGUAUUUAGCAUGGUGUUUGUUCUUGGCCUCAUAGCAAACUGUGUUGCCAUCUACAUUUUUACAUUUACAUUAAAAGUGCGAAAUGAGACUACAACUUACAUGCUUAAUUUAGCAAUAUCUGAUCUGCUUUUUGUGUUUACAUUACCCUUCAGGAUUUAUUACUUCGCAGUAAGAAACUGGCCCUUUGGAGACAUUCUCUGCAAGAUUUCUGUCACGCUGUUUUAUACAAACAUGUACGGAAGCAUUUUAUUUUUGACGUGCAUAAGCGUCGACCGCUUUCUGGCCAUAGUUCACCCCUUUCAGUCUAAGACACUUCGAACCAAAAGAAAUGCAAAAAUUGUCUGUGCUGCAGUGUGGAUAACCGUGCUAGCAGGAAGCACGCCGGCGAGCUUUUUUCAGUCUACAAAUCGCCGUAAUAACACCGAACAAAGAACGUGUUUCGAAAACUUUUCAGAGGCCACGUGGAAAACCUACCUAUCCAGGAUUGUUAUCUUCAUUGAGAUUGUUGGGUUUUUCAUCCCGCUGAUCUUGAACGUGACCUGCUCCACCAUGGUCUUGCGGACUUUGAAUAAGCCACUUACAUUAAGUCGGAAUAAAUUAAGCAAGAAAAAGGUACUUAAAAUGAUUGUUGUCCAUUUGCUGAUAUUCUGCUUCUGUUUUGUGCCCUAUAACAUUACCUUAAUACUCUACUCCCUUAUGAGAACACAGACCUUGAUUAACUGCUCAGUAGCAACUGCAGUCAGGACCAUGUAUCCUAUCACUCUGUGCAUUGCUGUUUCCAACUGCUGCUUUGACCCUAUCGUGUACUACUUUACAUCAGACACGAUACAAAACUCGAUCAAAAAGAGCAGGUCCACUAGGACAGGAGAUACCAGAUUCUCUGAAAUGCACGUUUCGGAAAACUUCAUUCAGCACAGCCUUCAGACCAUAAAAAUGAAAAUAUUUGACAGUGACUCAACGAUAUAAACUGGACAAAAUAAAAGAACUUGUGGGGACUAAACUGGAAUUUAAAGCCAGCA